CCUGAACUUUGAACAUUUUACUAACUCAUGCAGAGAAGUAGUAAAGACGGAAGGACUACUGAUAACGAAAGCUGUAUCUAGCCUUCGAACAACACCUGCAGACGAAUAGAAACAUGGCCGAACCUCGUAGCAAUGGUGACAGGAAGGGAGGUGAAGACAAGCCGGACGCCAUCAAUUUUUUUGCAAAGAGAGUGGAUCCAGAGCCUGCAGGAAGUGCAAAGACUUCAGAGGAAACAGACCCUGUUCUGGUCGCCAGCAGCACUAAAGCAGCAGACCCUUUCCGCUACAAGAUGGACUACCCCUGCAUGGGAACCUGUCUUAUCAUCAACAACAAGAACUUCGACCGCAGCACAAAUAUGGCUGCUCGUAAUGGAACAGAUGUAGAUGGUGCUACUGCUCUAAAGACCUUCGCUGAUCUGGGUUACAAGGUCAAAUUUUUAAACGAUCAGAGCGUGGCUCAGAUGAAACAACUGAUGAUUAGCGUAUCCCAGGAGGACCACAGCAAAAGUGCAUCAUUUGUGUGUGUGUUGCUAAGUCAUGGAGAAGAGGGCGGGAUUUACGGCACCGAUGCCUUUGAAAAGUUUGAAAACUUCACAAAAUACUUUAAAGGAGAUCGCUGCAAGAGUCUGGUGGGGAAACCAAAGCUCUUCUUCAUCCAGGCGUGCCGUGGUUCAGACCUGGAUAGUGGAGCCACGGUUGAGACAGACAGUGUAGCAGUGGAAAAAACAGAGAGGAUUCCUGUGGAGGCAGAUUUCCUGUAUGCUUAUUCAACUGCUCCAGGUUACUACUCCUGGAGAAACACAUCCAACGGUUCAUGGUUCAUGCAGGCGUUGUGUGAGAUGUUGCACCAGUACAGUCGAGAGCUGGAGCUGAUGCAGAUAAUGACCAGAGUCAACCGCAAGGUCGCGACACACUUUGAGUCUGCCUCCAACCUCCCUGGAUUUAGUGGCAAGAAACAGAUCCCCUGUAUCGUCUCAAUGUUGACCAAAGACUUCUACUUUCCUGCUUAGAUUAAAAUAAGUAUCUCCUACCCACAUGUUAGUUCAUCCAUAUAUUUUAAAUUCAUAUAUAAUUCAUAUAAUCAAUGAAUAUAUAAUUCAUGUAAGAGAGGAUGGCGUGUAUUUAAAUGUGACGGCAGGGAGAAGCGACAUGCAUUGUCAGCAUUAAGAGGAAAGGGAAUGUGUCAGCAGGGGUUAUGUUGAGUCCAAAGUUAGAAUAAAAGAAGGGAACAUAGCCUCUUACUUUGAAAAGGGAAGUGUCUUAAACUUGAAUUCUUUCAGUGAAGGGAGACUCCUCUAGUUGUAAAUAAUAAAAAUAAAGAAAGUUAAAUGAGAAAUUGCCCCACUACUCACUCGAUGAAUUACUUCAAUCGACAUUUCCCGAACGAGUUUGUGUUUUCAAUCACUAGUCUUCUUCUAAACAGUGUGACGAUCACUUUGCAAAAGAAUGUCUCCUUUAAUGUUAAAAAAAAGACAAUAAAGCAGAGCAUGCUUUUGGAAGAAUUUAUAAUUGCCAAGUCACUGAAGCAGAAAGAGGCAUAGCUUGUCCAAAUAGGGUUACUCCGAGAAACCAAGACAGCAACUACUAAAACUCCCAAACUCUAUAAAUCCAAGCAGCAGUCAGCUGCCCGAUAAGUGAUGUCUUGGUAGUGAAGUCCACGUUUUAUGCAACUCUAUGCUUGAGGCUGUUUCUAUAUUUAUAUCUUUUUUAAUUAUUGGGUCUUUUAUCAAAAUCUGAACUUGUCCUUUGAAAUAUCAAAUGGGUGAUUGGACAGUUUUUUCGGGUCAUUUCACACAUGAACAUCAUGUAAAGUGCUGGUUUACCAGUUUGAUUGCAAUAAAUGCACAAGUCACAAAUA